AUGCUCCUUUUAAUAGUGUUAGACUAUAGAUCUUGGUCCCAAUUAUUAAAAGGUUACGAUGCUCUACCUCGUCUGGCACAGCCUAGCUACGGAGCUGCUCCACCGCAAGUGGUUUCUGGAUAUGGAGAACGCGGACGUCCUCUAGGGUGUAUCACUCGAUUAUCCUAUCCAUUUCCGGAGAUGGCGGAAGAGAGGGACGCGAAUGUGCAGGAGGAUAACAGUUUCUUCGAUUCCGAUGGUGGAAAGUCAACGGAAUCGAACAGAAAGAUCGAAGAGCCAGAAUCAUGA